AUGAGGCUUGGCAGACGGGUAGGGGGCUUAGUAUCAUAUGGGCUUUACUGUGGGUGUGCCCCUCUGGGGAAUGACUCACACUUAACACCCACUGACCGGCGGGUUUCGAGGCAGAUUCCUGAGAUACCUUGUGCUGACCUUCAGUUACAAGCAAGCAAUUGCGAGAUAAAGUACCACACCUUCUUCUUUAGUCAAUCAUUGACGGAAACCGCCGUAAAAAAUGCAUUGCAUUAUGACAAAGGAGAAGAUGCACAGUUCGUCUCGUGGGCCAUAGAAGAUUUUCUUGGACAAGGCGACAACUAUGCCAGCACUGUUACUAGUGUGAGAGUGAAGUAUACUCAAAAUGGAGAAGACAAGGAAGUGUCGUAUAUUGUCAAACUGAAGAAGAAAAGGGAAGGUGGUUCUUCGUCUUAUUUCGAUGACAUGACAUUUGAGAAGGAAGGCAGAUUUUUUAUUGAACUUUGUCCUUUGUUGAAUGCUGAGCUGUUGGAAGUUGGCUUGACUCCUUUGAAAGUGCCUCGUUGUUGCCAUUCUACUUGGUCCGAGAAUCAAGAUUUUCUCUUCCUGGUGGAUUUACGACCUAAAGGAUUCAAACGCUACGACCGAAAGAAAGUAUUGGAUGACUCUCAUGCAAAUCUUGUGCUCCAAGAAUUGGCCAGGCUACACGCAGCGUCCUUCUUGUUGCGAAAGAAGAUGAAGGAUGAUCUUGUUUCAAGCUCUUCCACACUGGCAUUUCUCAUGGGCUACGGUACUGGGUCUGAAUGGUUUAAGGAUGCCACUUCUCGAGGCUGCGAAAUCUUCGAGGAGCAGUUGAGAAGGGGCAGCUUCGAUGUUAUCGGCCAUGGAGACUGCUGCACCAACAACAUGCUUGUCAGAUAUAAUGCAAAGGAGAAUCCUGUGGAGGUUCUCUUUUUGGAUUUUCAGCUGUGUCGUCAGGCGUCUCUAGCUGUUGAUUUGAAUUAUUUUUUCUUCUCGAACUUCGACCGGAAGGACAGGAAGGAGAAGAUGGGACAGUAUCUGUCACUUUACCACUCGUCUUUUGCGAAGGUGUUGGCAUCCGCUUCAUUAACCAUGCCAUACACCGUAGAGGAAAUCACCAAGGAAUUCAAGCGAAAGAAUACCUAUGGGAUUAUAUGUGGCUCAAUCCUCAUUCCUCUCCUUGUGUCAGAGACGCAAGAAGUAAUCGAUUUUGACUCUGCUUCAGGUGGUUGUGCGAAAGGCUAUGUAGAAGAGCUACGCCAAAAUGCUGUUAGAAUGUUGGCCAAUAAUCCCUUACUAAAACCACGGAUGACUGAUUCAUUCGAAGACUUGAAAGAGUCUCAUGGAUUAUAA